AUGCAUGCCUCUCGCCAAGGGCGCAGCGAUUUCCACGGAAUUUCAGUGUCCGGGAGUGCUCGUGGACGAUCGCCCGUCGCAACACCCGACGUUUUCGGGUAAGCGACCCAUCGUCAUAUAAAACUGGGACCCUCCCCCGGUGCGAUGUCCGAGGACUAUCAGCACGCCUGCGAGAGGGCAGAAUUGCUGGGCUUGCCGAGGCCCAGCGAGGAGGAGUGGAGGCAAUCGCAAGCGGCGCACGACGAGAAUCGUCGUUGCGACGACAACGUUGACGACGCGUUACAGGAUUUGGAUUACUCGGACGAGGCGACCGGACGUAUCGGCGGCGGCCUGGAUGAGCUGAACAGCAUUCUGAGCACCACGCAGAAGAAGCUCAACAGAUUCAAGACAGUUUGCGGCAGUCUGGGAACGUUGCUCAAGGUGAAGGUGGGCUCCCGCGGUGGAACGCCGCGUCACAAGUCCGGCGAGGAGCCGAAUCCCGAUGCGGAGAAGCAGGAAGGCCAUGGAAAGUCGGAAACUACAGUCGAUGAGGUGAUGACGGUGGAGACGUCGGAUAACAUCGUCGCGGAUGCCGCGGAUCAGUCCGCGAAUAGCGGCUGCCUCCAACCGAGGAAGAUCGAUCUCAAUCAGAAAAUGGAAUCCCAUCUGAAUAAGCUGGACGUCCUCAUCACGAAAGCCGAGAACGCUCAAUAUAGCAUGCAGCAUCAGACGAAGCAAAUGAAAAAGUUCCUGCAAAAGUAAUCUCGCAAUUAAUGAAACGAAUUUCGUUGAUUAACGAGUUAAGCAGCUGGACGAUAAAUUCGCGUGACGCUGAUCAUUAAUUAAAUUAAUCACAUCUUCCACUCGAAAUGAAAAUUCAAUACGAGAGACUAUUUUACAGAUGUCACACGCGCAUAAAUUUAAUUUCGAGGUGUGUUUCUCAGCUUUAAUCGAUAAAUUCUACAUUCUUGUAGAUGCGUUGUCAAGUAAGAAAACACGAUAAACAAUUUCGCAAGCAAUCAGCGCGCAUAGGAAUUCGUAUAGAUUUAAAUUACGAUUGUUACCUUGCACAUAUUGCAAAUUUAAUUGUUGCAUCGAAUAUUGAAUAUCUUCCUCGCGAUAUAUUUAUCAGAAAUGCGAGAGGAAUUUUGUGAAUAAUUGUUAUUAUUCUUUUAUAUGUCGCGCGACGUUCUCUUUGUCGCUCAAAUCCCAAUAUUGUUACGAUAAUGCGUGUAUUUGUCAAAUGUAUGUAUACACACACACACACACACACACCACACACACACACACA